AUGUCUGCCAAAAAGAAGUUUCUCAUAGCUAACCCAUAUCUGGGGAACUUAGAUGAAGUUAUUAGAAAGAUCAAUUUGCAAAAUACAAAAAAUGGUCCCUUUGAGGCCGUGCUCCUUCUUGGAGAUGUUCUUCCAACUGGCUCAAAAUUACCAUUAGAAGAUCUUGAUGUGACGACUUAUUUCACUGAGGGAAGAUGUGGCAUAAGUGAAAGCUUAAGUGUUCGGUCAACAGAACUGACUGCUGUUGAGGUUAAACCUCAUUUAUUUUAUUUAAGUUCAAUAAUAAACAUCAUUGUAUUACCUAGUGGAUUGACUUUAGCCUACGUUUCUGCCAAGGUAGAAGAAGACAACAAAAAGCUAGAAGCUGCUUUGGAUCAAUUCAAGAAGUCUGAAAAGGAUAUAGAUAUACUAGUUACAUAUGACUGGCCAAGGGCAAUUGCAAGGGAGCAUAGGUUAACUUUAAUUGGAAAUGUGAGUAUAGAUACAAUAGUAAAGGAAGCAAAACCGCGAUAUCACUUUGCGGUAGGUAGUGACAGUGGGAGAUUUGUUGAAGGUGCGCCAUUUGAGUGGGAUAAUGGUAGAGUCACUCGAUUUAUAAGCUUAGGACAAGAGGGCUCAGGUGAAAAAUGGUUUUACGGUUUUGGGAUGUCGAACGUUCCAAGUGAUGUUUCGGAAUCACUGUUGGUACCAAAUCCAUUUAUUAAAAGUACUACAACUUCGGCUCAAGUUAAGAGAUCUUUCGAAGAGGUCGCUGACGGCGGUGAAGCCCCAGUAAAACAAAUCAAAAUUGUUCCUAUGGAAAAGUGUUUCUUUUGUCUCUCAAAUCCCAAUGUAGAGACUCAUAUGGUCAUUUCUAUUGGGAAACAUUCUUAUCUAACGGUAGCGAAGGGUCCACUUUCUAGGGCAAACAAAAACAUGCAAUUUUCGGGACAUGCCAUCAUCAUUCCUAUUGAACAUAUCCCAAGUAUAAGGUCCACCACAGCAAAUGUUCAAGAAACUCCAGUAUAUAAAGAAAUCCAAAAAUUUGAGCAAACGCUAGUACAGGCAUUCCAAAAGCUGUACCCUUCCUACAGGCUCGUUUUCUUUGAGAUCAAUAGAUUGGAAGGUGUGCAUUAUCAUGUUCAAAUGGUACCGGUGUUGGAUUCCUCGCUUCCGAAGUUCGCCAAGAUUUUAAAAGAUAAGGCAAAGACUAAUAAUGAAGUUUACACUCAAAACCAGCAUCUCGAUUUUAGCCAUUUCUCAGACGACAAAUCACCAGAGCUUUUGAAUAUAAUCAACCACAAAGAUCACAUACUUUUCACUGUUUACAGAAACGAAACACAAAAAGAUAUUUAUAUUGCUACUCUUGAUGAUGAAUCCAAGACCGUCGAUCUACAAUUCCCAAGAAGGGUCUUGGCGACUGUUAUCAAUCGCCCCAAGAGUGUUUCAUGGGUGAAAUGUCGCCAGCCAUCUUCUCAAGAGGCUGCAGAGUGUCUGGCAUUCAAGAAGUUUUAUCAAGAGUUUGAUUUCACUUUAUGA